AUGAAGCUGCUAUUUGUGGUGACACUCCUCUGGUGCGAGGCGAUGUGCGGAUCUCCGAGCGUCCAGAUUGGUGGCUUAUUCCCCAGGGGUGCAGAUCAGGAGUAUAGUGCAUUCAGAGUUGGCAUGGUUCAGUUUGGGAUGGCAGAUUUCAGACUGACUCCACAUAUAGAUAACCUGGAGGUGGCCAACAGCUUUGCUGUUACUAACUGCUUUUGUUCCCAGUUCUCUCGGGGUGUCUAUGCCAUUUUUGGCUUCUAUGACAAGAAGUCGGUCAACACCAUCACCUCCUUUUGUGAGACUCUUCAUGUCUCCUUCAUCACACCUUCGUUCCCAGCCGAAGGAAUGAAUCAGUUUGUUCUCCAAAUGAGGCCGGACAUCAAGGGGCCACUCGUUUCAUUAGUGGAGUACUACAAAUGGGAUAAGUUUGCCUAUCUCUACGACAGUGACAGAGGUCUUUCUACUCUUCAAGUAAUACUGGACACUGCAGCAGAGAAGAAAUGGGUCGUCACAGCAAUAAAUGUAGGAAACCUAAAAGAUGAAAGAAAAGAUGAAGCCUACCGCUCCCUGUUUCAGGACCUGGAGAUCCGUAAGGAGCGACGCAUCAUCCUGGACUGUGAACAAGACAAAGUCAAAGACAUCAUGGAACAGGUGAUCACUAUCGGCAGGCAUGUCAAGGGAUACCACUACAUCAUCGCAAACUUGGGUUUUGUGGAUGGUGACCUCUCGAAAAUCCAGUAUGGAGGUGCGAAUGUGUCUGGUUUUCAGAUAGUAGAUUUUGAUGAUCCCGUGGUGGCAAAGUUCGACCAACGAUGGGAGGCUUUGGAAGAAAAGGAGUAUCCUGGUGCUGAUACACGGAUCAGAUAUACCUCAGCCCUUACCUAUGAUGCUGUCCAUGUGAUGACUGAGGCAUUCCGCUUCCUGCACAAACAGAGAAUAGACAUGAGUCGUCGUGGAAACAGUGGAGACUGUCUGGCCAAUCCAGCAGUUCCCUGGUCACAGGGGGUGGAGAUUGAACGUGCCCUCAAACAGGUGCGUGUAGAUGGUUUAACAGGGAACAUUCAGUUUGACCAGUAUGGAAAGAGGGUCAACUACUCGGUGACAAUCAUGGAGCUAAAGAACAAUGGACCUGUUAAGAUUGGUUAUUGGAACGAGGUGGACAAGAUGGUGGUGACAAAGUCAGACCUUUACCCUAAUGACACGAUGGGAAUGGAAAACAAGACGGUCAUCGUUACAACUAUACUGGAAGCGCCCUACGUUAUGCUAAAGAAGAACGCUGAACUGUUUCAAGACAAUGACCAGUAUGAGGGUUACUGUGUUGACCUGGCUGCGGAAAUCGCAAAGCAUUGUGGCAUACGCUACCAGCUAAGGAUUGUGGGAGAUGGCAAAUAUGGAGCAAGAGAUGCUGAAACCAAGAUCUGGAAUGGUAUGGUUGGAGAGCUGGUGUAUGGGAAAGCAGACAUAGCAGUUGCACCACUGACCAUCACUCUUGUUCGGGAAGAGGUGAUAGAUUUCUCCAAACCCUUCAUGUCUUUGGGAAUCUCCAUCAUGAUUAAGAAGCCGCAGAAGUCCAAACCAGGAGUCUUCUCUUUUCUGGACCCACUGGCCUAUGAAAUCUGGAUGUGCAUUGUCUUUGCCUACAUAGGAGUUAGUGUUGUACUCUUCCUGGUAUCCAGGUUCAGCCCUUAUGAGUGGACGCUAGAGGAGCCCGAGGAUGGAGCGUUGCCACUGACAACUGAAUCCACCAAUGAGUUUGGAAUCUUUAACUCUCUUUGGUUCUCAUUGGGUGCCUUCAUGCGACAGGGUUGUGACAUCUCACCAAG